AUGGAUUGGAAUAACAUUUACAACAUAAAAACACUUCCCCAACCUCUCAUGAUCUACAACUUUCAUGAUCAGUACUAUCCGGGUCACGAAAUGAUGAAGCAACACCAGGUGGGGAUGACGGCAGUAGCAAUGGGAGGAGGGAAAGAGAAGAAGAGGCUAACGAAUGAGCAGUUAGAAUACCUAGAGAGUAGCUUUCAAGAGGAGAUAAAGCUUGAACCAGAUCGAAAAAUGAGGCUGUCUAAGGAACUAGGGUUGCAGCCGCGACAAGUGGCGAUCUGGUUUCAGAACCGUCGUGCAAGGUGGAAGACUAAGCAGGUCGAGAACUUGUACAAAUCACUUAAACAUCAGUUUGAUAUUGUCUCGAAAGAGAAACAAGAGCUCCAACAAGAGAUUUUAGCAUUGAAAGCCAUGCUCAAUGAACAAGUUCAAAAGAAUCAAAUCUCAAAUGGGUACACUGAAAUCAUGUCCGGCGAGGAGACUGUCGAUAAUACGUCAAUUAGAAACGAGAUGAGCUCAAAUAACCCCCAAAUGAUAAGAGAUGAUCCGCAAAUCCACAAUCGCAUGACCGAUGAUCACAACCAUGUUAACUAUGUACUCAAAACUACUAUUCCUAUCUGCGACUACGAUUCGAUGGUGCAACCACCACCCUUGUCGACGUUUUGGUGA